AUGUUCGCUCGCCGCGCUUGGGUGAAGCGUCGAGCCGAGGGUGAAGAGUAUGCCUGCCACACGCUGCCUCACCUCUUCAAGAAACAGAAGACGGCCGCUGAUAAUGAUGCGGAGAUCUUCUUUGUGGAUAUCGUGGGUGAGCCGGUGAGCGAGUCCCAGAGCAGCGGGAAUUCCGUGGUUUUCCUGCAGGCCGAGCCCAAGACCAGCAGGAAUUCCAAUCCUGACAUGCUGGACUAUGCGAAGAUGUCCAAGCCGGAAUACAAGUUCUUCAAUCGCACGAAGCUGCUGGCGGAUGGUCUCCGGGCCACUCCGUUGCCGCACAAUGAAGAGGUAACGCAGGCGCUUGAGAGAAUGGAACGGAUGCACGAGCAGAUUCGCGCCGGGCAGACGUGGCGCCCGUGCAACCGUGAUGUUAAGGCUGCUUGCCAGGAGGCGCAGCGUGUUCUGGAUCGGCGUGUGGAUCCUCCUCUCGGCGAGUACGACCUCUUCGUCAGGACUGGGGAUGCUUCGGGGCGCCGAUGCCAAACCCGUGGCUUCCUGGACAAUACCCACAAGCAGUUCCUCCAUAUCCGUGAAGAUUCUUCUCUGCGCAUCUAUGCCAAGGCCAAGAAGAACCCCGGCAAGAACUCAGCCACGGACAACAAAAGAAAGUCUCAGGCCAACAUGGUCACUCAGCUUGCGAAUGCACGCAAAAAGUGCAAGGAGUUGGAGACUAAAAAGGCCGAAGGUGGUGAGGUGGACGAGAACUUGCUUAAGGACCUCCAGACAAAGGACAAGUCCUGCAAGAAGUGGUCCGCCAGUGCGACAACGUCGGUGGGUCGCACAGAGACGGAGACCGCUACAGGGGUCGGCUUCGACGUUGUCCCAGACGACCCCGUGCUCAAGCUGAUCUUGAACAAGCUCCCGAAAGACAAGGAGUGGGAUGCGAACAUCCCAAGGGAGAGCGCAAUAGAAGUCCAGCGCUACCUGGACCUCGCUUUCGAGCCCGGCUUCAUCGUCUCCGUUACGGAACUCCUGGCCGUAGUCGCUUUGGCCGCCUCGCAGGGUCCCUUGUGGAGGGGACGGCUGGUUGCCUACGCGGGCGACAACCAGACGGUUGGCGCUUGGCUCCGCCGACGGCGCACGUAUCGUGCGGUCCCCGCGCUCCUCCUCCAACUGCUCACCGUCUUGGAGGAACUGGCCUCAGUGCGUCUGGUUAACGCACUGCACGGUGAUCUUGUGGAUCUCACUUGCUCGUUGACCAAUACUCGGGAUCAGCUUGCCAGGGCGGCGCAAGAAGCUCACGAAGCACGCUUCCAGGUGGCCAUCGUAUGCCGCUUCGACCUGCUUCGUUCCAUCAAUAACCUUGCUCGCAAGAUCACUAAGUGGUCCGUCAAAGAGGAUGCCGGGCUUCUCCACUUGAUCAGCUACGUUCAUCACACCAAACAUCAUAAGAUGAUUGGGUGGGUAGGCAACAGCCUGAAGGACCUUUCCAUCGGUCUGUUUGCAGACGCCGACUAUGCUGGUUGUGGCGAGAGCCUCCGGUCUACCUCAGGUUGCGUCAGCCACUCUACUCCAGAGGCUGAAAUCGUCGCCGCUGACCAUGCUAUGUCUCGAAUCGGUUUACCGGCCAUUACCUUGUGGAAACUGCUGUCCGCGGCGGAUAUGAUUGGCGUCGUGCGCACGGGUAAGAAUCCAACUAUGCGUCACCUAGAACGGUCUCAUGGCAUUUGCAUUGUGUGGAUGCAUGAGGUGUUUCAGGAGGGUUAUGUGGGUCUGGCGUACGAGGUCACCGCAAAGAUGGCGGCCGACAUCCACACUAAAGCGUUCAAAGAUGGUGUAUCAUGGGCGCAUGCGUGCCAGCUCAUUAGCAUUUUCCCUCCUGAACAGCUUCACACGGUUGAGAUCAUGGACAUGAUGAAGCCGACGCAUGACCAGGUGGCGGAUGCCAAGGGCAAAAGCCAACGUGUUCACAACUACCGGAAUCAGACCCCGUGCUUUCCAUAUACCGAAACCCCGAUAUUGCCUGAAGAACUUUAUCGGGCGGGCCUUUCCAGCAAGGAAGGCUUGCAGGAGGUCGAUGGGUGUGAUCCCAUCGUGGUCGUCAAGUUUCCUCGCGUGUUACGCCCGCCGCCGGCCGCUAUUCCGCCGGGUCGUUACCAGCGUUCCACGUGGGUGCUGCGUGAAGGCAAGUGGACGCGUCUUGAGGAUCAUGUUGACAUUCCUGAACAUCGCCAACAAUUUGACCGCUAUGUGGAGCGUGCUGUAUUCCAGUAUCACUUCCAACGUGCUCGCCUUCCUUCUGCGCCAGCGGCGGUGUCACCUACGGUGCCCGCGUUACAUGUCGGUGUGCUUCCUGUUCAUCACUGUGACGUGUCCCUACAAAGGGUGGUUGCCGCGCUUGCGCGCGCCAUCCAUGGGGGGAGUGUGGGACAGAUUUAUGACAUUUUCGAACGUAAUGUGGACAUGAACAUCCCAUGGUUUUGGAGCUGUCUCUGUCAAAGCUUGGCUAUCCGUGUUGAUGUCGACCGAAAGAGAGGGAAGCGCAACUUGUCUGGUGAUGUGCCUUACAUUCCUGCCAAAGUACAAGUGAAAACAACUCGUGAACCUCCCGUUAUCAAGUUCUGUAAUGCCGAUGGCAAAGUGCUAUACACCUACGAGUCGGCCAAAAUCCUGGACGAUGCUCAAGGCGGCGUGCUUGGAGCUUCAUUAGAUCCAGAACUUGCAGCUGAGAUCACCAUAUGGGAAGCUGACUUGGUCAAGCCGUUAUGGGUGUUAGCAGGAGUCGAUGAGGAAAACUGGUGGAACGAAUUCGUACCGGACGAGGUUCAAAUAGUGUGCUCUGGAUCCAAAUUGUCCGGGUCUACCUCGGGAUAUUAUCAGCGAGUAAUCGAGAAAUGUAUAUCCAAAGAAAAUGAUCUUGUGUACAUCGGAUCUGGCGCUGUCGGUGUUUCUUCAUGGCUGGACAAGCAUCCUGGAGCACGGGAUGAACCCCGAUGUGAGUCACCCGAGUACCCCUACGGGGACUUGGGCCUCGUGGCAGCUAAGGUCGCCAAGAGUGGGCUCCGUGUUGUGUUCGAAUUGCCUGGUCAUGAAAGAGUGCAGACGUCUGAGCAGUGUAAAACGAUGAUAAACAGCAGCGGAGCCAAAGUGACGACAUUUGAUGGAUGUUGCUUUGGACAUCGCGUGACUAUGUCAUCGCAGGUCUCAUGA